CAAUGCGAUAACACAACAUGGCGCUCUCAGCGCGCCUUUUGACCUUGCGGCGGUCCCCCAUUCUGCUCAAAUUACCCCCAUACCUUUCAGCCAUAUGCAUCCUGGUCGGCAUAGUAUGGGUCCUGCUUCUUCCGCUGAACGACUAUUCGCGACAGACGUACAUUUCCGAGAACGCGAUCCUACCUGGACAGGUCCAUACAUACUUCGGCGGCAGCGAGCAUAACAUCUUCCGCGCAUAUCGACAGGAAGUCUACAACCUUGGUCAAAAGAGCAGAGAAGAGAGGCUGGCAGGCAUAGAACAGAUCAUUAAGGAAAUAAAACUCAAGUGCGCGACACAGGAAUAUGCAUUCGAGGUCGCGGGCGAGAAGAUCGAGGGCAAGAAUGUCUAUGGGUUGCUUCAAGGGCCGAGGGCAGAUGCCACGGAAGCAAUGGUUCUGAUCGCAGCUUGGAAGAACUUCGAAGGAGAGCUCAACUAUUCUGGUGUCGCGCUGGCAUUGACUCUGGCGCGAUACUUCAAGCGUUGGAGCAUCUGGUCCAAGGAUAUCAUUCUGCUCAUACCUGAGGACAGCACCUAUGGGUCCGAAGCAUGGGUCAGCGCAUACCACAGCACAGGCACAACCCCCACAUCGAGCCGGAACGUCAGCGAUUUGCCUAUCAAAGCUGGUGCGCUUCAGGGUGCUAUUGCGCUGGACUAUCCUGUUGGGCCUUGGGGAAAGCGUUUCGAAAAGUUGGAUGUGCUGUAUGAUGGCAUCAAUGGCGCACUGCCCAACCUCGACCUCAUCAAUACGGCAGUACAAAUCGCGUCUGGCCACAUGGGCAUGGGAUGCUCUCUGCAUGGCUUCACAAAGCACUCUGACAAAUAUCCGGACCGACUCCGCACGAUUGCCUCUGGCAUCCUAUCUCAAGCCCAAGGUGUAGCCACUGGUCCUCAUUCAGCAUUCAUGCCAUAUCAUGUCGAUGCCAUCACUCUCAAGACAGUCGGAGAUGGCUGGCACGAUGAGAUGAGUCUUGGGCGAGUGACUGAGAGUAUCUUCCGAAGUAUCAACAACUUGCUGGAGCACCUGCAUCAAAGUUUCUUCUUCUACAUCCUGCUCAACACGCACAGGUUUGUGAGCAUUGGCAGCUAUCUCCCAGCAGCUAUGCUGGUUGCUGGCAGCUUCACGAUCAAUGCCCUUGCGCUCUGGAUCUUGAGUGGGAAAGGACCUGUGGAGAAGCCUGGGAAGCUGGAAAGUGCAGGUAGCCAGAAGCCGAAGGGCGAAAAGAUGGUCAAAAUCAAGGAGGGUGACAAAGUCGCAGUUGUCGCAAAGGAAGAGCUGCAAAGUGUUGAGAGAAAGAUGUUCCUACCUGCGGUCGUGGCUUUGGCAGUGCAUCUUAUCAGUCUGGUACCACUUUACCUGCUCACGCAUACGAGUAAAGCAAAUUUGCCGUAUGUGUUUGGUAUUGUGACAACGAGCAGCUACGUACUUCCCGCCUACAUCUCGAUCCUGCUGGUACGAUACCUCAAAGCGACAUCCCAACAGUUGCAGACCAUGCAGGCAUUUUCGCUACUCUUCCUUGGGGCAACUUUCUCGACUUGGGCUACACUCAACUUUUCAUUGGCGCUGACAGUGGGCCUGUUGGCAUGUCCGCUUGGAUUUGUGCGUCCAUUGCCCUUGAGAUCAACCAGCAGCAGUGACAAUCAGCGGACUCUUGCUAUCGCGCUGAGCAUUCCCUCGGCAUUGCUAUGGCUGGCACUCUCCCCUGCGACUGCUGUCUAUGCAUUCAGCUGGUUUGUCAAGAUGGACGUCAGCGCGGUACUAUUUGAGAUUGCCAAAGGCUGGGCUGCGCAGGGCGUAUGGAGCUGCCUUGUGCUGUGGUGCGUCUGGUGGCCUGGAUGGACGUUAGCCGGAGUUGUGCUCGUCAGCGGUGCUGUGACCACCAAGCGAUAGCACUGCAGAAUAUCGAAAUGCAGCAAUUUAAUGAUGAAGAGGGACGCGUAGCAGAAUGGCGGGAAUGUGGCAGUCGCGACUCAGCGAGACGUGAUCUAGGAAGGCACGCGCGUCGUCGCCUGCACCCUCAUGCCAAGGUCACGUCAAGUCUCACCACUUCAACUUGACCUCCGCACAGCAACACUUCACUUCAACCUAACGGAUACAUCGUCUUUCAUACAGGUCGCUGACCGGAAUCUGUCACGAUGGGCGCCACCAAGGAGGUCAAGGAGAAGAAGCUGACUCCCGAUGAGUCGUCCAAGCUCAUCCUCAAUUACCUACGCAAGACCAACCGCCCGUACUCCGCCACAGACAUCAGCACCAAUCUCAACAACAAAGUUACCAAAGCCGCUGCCACGAAGCUGCUGAAGGACAUGCAUGAGCGAAACGAGAUCGAUGGCAAAGCUUCCGGCAAGCAGAUCGUCUACUUUGCUAUCCAGGCAUGUCCCUUCAUUCACCACUCUA